AUGCUUGAGCACCACUCAACAGUCGAUAAAUAUCAUAAUGCUAAUGACGGAUUCACUACACUUGACACCAAAAUGAAACAAAGCCUGGACGGCUUGACACAUAUCCAAACUCUCCUGAAUAACAAACAAGCCGCAAGCGCAAUAAAUCAAGAUCGCAUAUCUCGGUUAGAGCAAGAUCACCUUGAUCUGCAAUCGCAGCUGGCCCAAAAAGAUGCAUUACUGCUACGAAAUCAAAAAAGCUUAGAAUCUGAGCGAGAAAGAUAUACACAAUUAGAGGAAAAGCUGAAUACACUCACUCGACAAUUCAAACUGCAGCAAGAGAAAUCUCAACAAGAACUGAACCAGUUACAAACCAAGAACAACAUUUUAGAGCUUGAAAUUAGCGACCUUCAGAAUGAAAAUAACAAAUUGCAAGUGGAGAGCAACAACCUACGAUCCAAAGUGAAUGAUUUGGAUAGCAUGGCGCACAAAUUAAAGGCGAUGAAUGAAUCAGAAGUGCAGAAAAGAGAACAGUUAGAUAUGCUUCUCCGAGACAGUGCUCAGGAAGUCAAAAACACAGCAGAUGCUGCUCUGGAACGCGACCAACAGAUUGAGGCUCUUCAACAGAAUGUGGAUCGCAUGAAACAGCGAAUAGAUGAAAAGGAUCGUCUACUAAUGACAUUUGCAUCCAAAGAGUCGGAUGAGUUGAGUCAAAUGCAAGAGGAGAUAAAUUUAUUGGAAGAGGUCAACAAGAGGCUAACCAAGGAGCUUCAUGAUGCCAAAAGAAAACAAGCCCAGGAUCAACAGCAAAAGGAAGAUGAUACCAGCAAUAUAAUCAUGUCUUUGGAACAAGAAUUGAUCGCUUGUCAAUCACAAUUGCUAGAAAAGAAAUCGCAGAAUCAGGAAUUAGAGAGUGCAAUGGAACGCGUGAACACACAUUGUGAUGUGUUGAGGGCGAAUCUGAGCCACGUAACAGAGGAAUCAGCAGAGAGAUAUCAAAGGAUGUUGAGUUAUAGGGAUGAAAUUAGAACAUUAAAGCAAGCUUUGCAUAGCGUAUAG